GAAUAAAGUCUAGUGAAUCUUGGUGAAUCUUUGAUACGCACGAAGAAGAAAAAAGAAAGUAAUACAAAGCACCUAAUAUGGCUAGCGAUAAAAAAUCAGGGAAAUCUUCAAAAGGCACGAAGUCCAAUGCAGAAAUAUUAUCCGAAUUUCAAAUGCUUCGUAAUGAGCAAAGGACAAUGGCUAAUAAAUUGUCAGAAAUGGAAAUGGAAUUAAACGAACACAAAAUUGUAAUCGAUACAUUAAAAAAUAUAGAUCCUAAAAGGAAAUGCUACAGAAUGACAGGAGGUGUUUUGUGUGAACGUACUGUAGAAGAUGUAAUGCCUGCAUUGGUUACGAAUAAAGAACAGCUAACUAAAGUAAUAGAUGCUUUAAAUGAUCAACUAAUGAAAAAAGGAGUUGAGAUAAAUGAAUUUAAAGAAAAACAUAAUAUCAAAAUCAGAGGGCAACAGGAUAUACAAAGACAAGACGAAGAUAAAGACUCUAAAGAAGCAAAAAGAAGUGCAGUUGUUGUUAAUUCACUAUUAAGCAAUUAUGCAUAAAAUCAAAGUUUCUUGUUUAUAAUUCAUAUUACAUUUAUAUUUGAAUUAUACAUUGGUACUUAUUUAUUAAAUUUUCUGUAAAAACAU